GCAGAAGAAGCAUCGUGUUUGCAGUAUUGAGCGCUUCACAACAUCUUGCUCCCGCUUAACGUUAACCCGGCAAAGUCUGUUGUAGAUCUCGACAUGGUGAAAUUAUCCGCGGAAUUAAUUGAGCAGGCUGCUCAAUAUACCAACCCUGUGAGAGACAGAGAGUUGGAUUUACGAGGUUAUAAAAUUCCAGUCCUUGAAAAUCUUGGAGCUACUCUGGACCAGUUUGACACUAUUGACUUCUCUGAUAAUGAAGUUAGAAAACUGGAUGGUUUCCCUCUGCUCAAGAGACUCAAAACACUGCUAAUGAACAACAAUAGGAUUUGCCGUGUAGGUGAAAAUCUGGAGCAGUCCCUGCCUUGUCUGACAGAACUGGUUCUCACAAACAACAACAUUCUGGAGCUGGGGGAUUUAGAUCCACUGGCCACAGUGAAGACAUUGUCCCUUCUCAGUCUUUUGAGGAAUCCAGUGACAAACAAGAAGCAUUACAGGCUCUAUGUCAUCAGCAAAAUCCCACAGAUCCGUGUACUGGACUUUCAGAAGGUAAAGCUCAAGGAACGCCAGGAGGCAGAGAAAAUGUUCAAGGGCAAACGAGGUGCUCAACUUGCAAAGGAUAUUGCCAAGCGAACAAAAACAUUCACUCCUGGAGUGCCGGUGCAGCUUGAGAAGAAGAGGACGGGGCCAUCUCAAGCAGAUGUGGAUGCUAUCAAGAAUGCAAUUGCUAAUGCCUCCUCGUUGGCAGAGGUGGAGAGGUUGAAAGGGAUGCUGCAGGCAGGUCAAAUCCCUGGCCGAGAACUCAGACAAGGUCCAGCUGAGAUGGUGGAGGAGGAGGAGGAAGAGGAGGAGGAAGAAGAGGAAGAGGGCAACACUGCACAGAUGGAGGCACACGUGGGUGGAGGUGCUGUAGAGGAAAUGGAUGAUGGAAAUGAAGAGGGUGAUGAAGAUAUGGAUGAAGAGCCACAUGUUAAUGGCUCCUGAGUACCCUGAAAGCAUGUUGUUUUUUCCAUGUUGUAGAUUUCUUUAGGUUGAACAUUUACAAGGGUGAUUUUUUUUAGUACAAUGACAUACAUUAAACUGAUUUCUCAUA